CCCUGCUGUGAGAGUGAACUAAACUACAAAAACUCGCAGUACCCACCUCCUUAUCUACAACAACGUGAUUUGUUUUGAUACAACAAUAACAAAUUUACUAUUUUCCAAUUAUCUCUUGUCAAAAAAUAUUUUUUUAAUAGUGUCAUCUUCUGUAUACAACAAGAAUAAUAAUAAUAUUAUCUAUUAUUUACAUUUCACUAUUCUAAUAUACUACUACUACUACAAUUAGUACUAUUAAAAAGUAAUAUAACACAAUAACAAUAACAAACACAUAACAAACAAAUAACAAACAAAUAAUAAUAAUGGGUUUAUGUUUUGGUAAAACUGAUGGUUCACAUAUCAUCAUCAUCAAAUAAUCAAUCUUCCAAUCAAGAUGGUAAAAAGUAAGAAUAAUCAACGUAUCAAUGAUAAUGAUCCAAAUAAUAAUAAUGAAGGUGAUGAAAUGAAUGAAAAUGCUGAUCCAAAUUCAGGAAAUUAUGAUGUAAAAUUAUUAUUAUUAGGAUCAGGUGAAUCAGGUAAAUCAACAUUUUUCAAACAAGUUCAGAAUGAACGUCGUCGUGUUAAAAAUACAGUUCAUUUCAAUGUAGUUUCAAGUAUGGCAGUAAUGUGUCAAAAAUUAAAAGAAUUAAACUUGGAAUUCUCAAGUGAAGAAUUAAGUAAAUGUGCAGAACGUGUAUUACAAUUAAGUAAGAAUAGAGCAUUCAUGACAUCAACAACAAGUGUUAAAGGAGGUGAUCGUAAUUUUUAUACUGAUGAAAUUGCUAAUGAUAUUUAUCAAUUAUGGAAAGAUUCAACUAUUCAAAAAGUAUUUCAAAAUAAUAGAAAUGAUGUUCAUGUUUUUGAUGGUGCUGAAUAUUUCUUUGAACGUUUAGAUAUAAUUAGAAAAAAUGAUUACAUUCCAUCUGAGGAAGAUUUAUUAUAUUGUCGUCAAAAAACUAUUGGUAUUGUUGAAGUUUCAUUCGAUCAUGAAUCUUUAAAAUUUAGUUUAUUUGAUGUUGGUGGUCAAAGAAGUGAACGUAAGAAAUGGGUAAAUUGUUUUGAAGGAGUUAGUGCAGUUGUAUAUGUAUCAUCAUUAGCAGAUUAUGAUUUAAAAAUGUAUGAAGAUGAUUCAUUGAAUAGAAUGGAUGAUUCAUUAACUGUAUUUGAAGGUUUAUGUAAUGGAUUUUUUAAAGAAACACCAAUUAUUAUUGUUUUAAAUAAGACUGAUAUAUUUAAAAAGAAACUUGAAGUUCAUGGUAUUGAACAAUGUUUUAAAGAUUACAAUGGUUCACAAGAUUAUGAUGAAAGUGUUCAAUUUAUUAGAAACAAAUUUUUAUCUUUAAACAAAUUUGAUGAACAAAGAAUUUGGAUACACGAAUGUUGUGCCACUUCAACUGAUGAUGUUAGAAAAGUUUUUGAACAAAUUAAACAUCAAGUUGCUCAAUGGAAGAGGAAUCAUUAAAAAAAAUAAAUUUAUUAUUAUUAAG